CUUUGCCUCCAAAUCGGAAGAGGAGGGAGGAGGAAGGGUGAACGAAGGGAAGGACGGAAGGAACAUCGGAACGGUCUUCUCAACCAUCAUGGAAGCAUUCCUCCUCACUCACGCCCACCCUGCCUGCACCAAUUAAGCUUGAAACCCAUCCUCACCCGGACACCCUGGUUAGCUUUGGAGAAGAAUCAACUCGGCAGCAUUCAUUGAGGCUAAAAUCAAGGACGAGGACGGAAGAUAGCCGACACCUAAGUUGCUUUGCCGCUUCCGCCCUUGAAUUCUAGACCGCCGGGAAUGCAAUUGAGGGACGCAUCACCUGCAUAAUUGAUUGAUGAGCAUUCUUCUAUCUUAAUGCUGAUUGGAGCUGUAUGUCCAAUAAAGAACAGGGGCACUGAGCCACGCCAAAUUCUAUUACACAUGUGCCAUAUUAGGGGGUCAGUCAAAAAUCAGUUAUGAGUGAUCGAUCAUCCAUUAUUCAGCAGGAUUAUUCUGUAAAAUUGCUAGUGUAAAUGCUUCUUAGAUUUGAUGCAUAGUCCAGAGUCUUCCUGUCUUAUCCUUUCAUCAAAAUGAUUGGUUGCUCAACUUCUGGAUCUAUGGAAGCUGAAGACAAGACUCACCAAGACGCUCUUCCAGAUUGUACCACUAUACCUAAAAAUCCCCAGUCCUGCCCAUCACUGCUCGAGAAUAAAGUGGAUGCAGAAGAUAACAUGCAAAGGGAUGGUGAUACAACUGCCAAUGUGCAUGAGGAAGAGGAUGAGGAAGAGGAUGCAGAUUUCAAUCCUUUCUUGAAAGACACUAAUUCUAUAGAAGCUUCCUCUAGCCUCAGUUCUGAGGUUGAAGAUGUGGAUACGGAUGUCACUGACAGUAAAGGAAAACCUUCUGUAGAAAUUAUGCAUACUGGUAGAACAGUUCUGCAAGAUGAGGAUGUGGUGAUGCGAACAGUUUCUCCUGCAGAAGUAUGUGUAAAUAAGUCCAAUGCUGUAUCUGUGGAUAGUGAAUCAUUAUUGAUUUCUCAAUCUGAAGGUGGGGCUAUAUAUGACAAGGAUAAUGAUUUGCUCAGCCUUACUGAUGUUGGCAACAAUGCAGAUUUCCUGAAACCGCAAUUGGAUAUGGAUAGUGAGGGUGCUAUCUGUAUGCGGACUAGGGCUCGUUAUUCUCUUGCAAAUUUCACACUUGAUGAACUUGAAACUUUUCUUCAAGAAACUGAUGAUGAGGAGGAUCUUCAAAAUGUUGAUGAUGAGGAAGAAUAUAGAAAAUUCCUUGCAGCUGUAUUAAGAGGUGAUGAUUAUCUCAACAUACAAGAGAGUGCAAAUGCUGAUGAUGAAGAUGAAGAAAAUGAUGUUGAUUUUGAGCUUGAGCUUGAAGAGGCACUCGAAAGUGAACCUGAAGAGAUUGAAGAACGGCGAAGGACUAGGCGAAAUAGAUCCCAAAGAACUUCAAACGAGCUCGUGAAACUUUCAGGACAGUUGACUAGACCAUUGCGACCCCUUUUACCAUUUGCAUCGUUAGGAUCUCAACCAACUCUUGAUGGUAAAUACCUUUCACCCAACAUUAGUCCAUCUUAUACCCCUCCUAAUGGUUUCAACUGUGGAUUCACCCCACAUCAGAUAGGGCAGUUGCACUGUCUGAUUCACGAGCAUGUGCAGCUACUCAUUCAGGUGUUUUCCAUCUGUGUUUUUGAGCCUCUUAAACACCAUAUUACUGCUCAAACUAAGGAAUUAAUAUUAGAGUUACUUCAGAAACGUGACCAGUUACUAGCAUGGAGAACAUUGCCAUACCCAAGCUUCUGCUUCUUCCCUCCACACAUUCAUCCAUCUUUGCCAAAUGAGGUCCACAAAAUGUUACCACAGAAUUGCAGUAAUAAGAACCAACAACAUGAAUUUCCAUCUGGAAGCAACAGAGAGCUGCAUUCUGAUAUCACUUCCUUUCCUAUUUCACCUGCUAAUCUAGCAGAUGAGCAGGCAGGCUCUUCUCAAGCUGUGUUGUGGGUGCCAAACAUUUCCGGUCCAGUGCUGUCUGUUAUAGAUGUAGCACCGCUCAGAUUAGUUGAAAAUUAUAUAAAUGAUGUUUCUUCAGCUGUCCAAGCACAUGAGCGAUAUCAAAUUGAGCUUGGUUUUGAUUCUCAACAACAAAAGGAACCCCUUUUUCCUCUCGGCAGUUCUUCAUGUAAUGCUGAAGCUGAUGGUCAAGGUAAUAUGGAGAACCCUCCCCCGGAGUCCAGUGGUCUGCUUUCUUCAUCCAAUAAUCAAAUGCCCAAGAAGACAAUGGCAGCAACCCUGCUAGAAAAAGCCAAAAACCAAUCCAUUGCUCUUGUUCCAAAAGAGAUUUCUGAAUUAGCUCAGAGGUUUCGGCCAUUAUUCAACCCUGCCCUUUAUCCUCAUAAACCACCACCGGCUCCACUUGCAAAGCGGGUGCUUUUUACUGAUGCUGAGGAUGAAUUAUUAGCAUUGGGACUGAUGGAAUAUAAUACUGACUGGAAAGCCAUACAGCUACGGUUUCUUCCUUGUAAAUCUAGGCACCAGAUAUUUGUGAGGCAGAAGAAUCGCGCAUCAUCAAAAGCACCGGAAAAUCCUAUAAAGGCUGUGCGGAGGAUGAAAAACUCCCCCUUGACAUCUGAGGAGAUAGCACGCAUUGAAAUGGGGUUGAAAAAGUUUAAACUUGACUGGAUAUCUAUAUGGAGAUUUUUCGUUCCUUACAGAGAUCCCUCCUUGCUUCCAAGGCAGUGGCGCAUUGCUUGUGGCACACAAAAGUCGUAUAAAUCUGAUGUGAAUAAAAAAGCAAAGCGGCGUUUAUAUGAAUUAAGAAGAAAAGCUAGCAAGGCUUGUCCUUCAACUUGGCAUUCAUCAUCUGAAAAAGAGGGUGAUAGCACUGACAAUGCUGUUGAAGAUACUAAUAGUGGGGAUAAUCGCAUGGACAAGGAGGAUGAAGCAUAUGUUCAUGAAGCAUUUUUGGCAGAUUGGAUGCCUGAAAAUAAUGUUUCUGCAAGUUUUCCCACUUCUUUGCAAUCUGAUGGUUCUCAAGCUGGUUCUGCAUAUGUCCAACCCUCAGUGAGUUCCAAGUCUUCAGCUGACUUGAGGCCAUCCUAUUCUCAAGUAGUUCUGCGGCCGUAUCGAGCUCGUAGACCGAAUAAUGCACGCACGGUGAAAUUAGCUCCUGAUUUACCUCCAGUAAAUCUUCCUCCAUCUGUUCGGAUUAUUUCACAGUCAGCAUUCCAAAGUUCCCAUGCAAUAGCAGCCACAAAGAUGCAUGGCACUGCCUUGAGAAUUGGUGGGGCAGGACAAAAUCUGGGUCAGCACACUGGAAGCACUAUGAAGUCAGAUGCUGUUUCUUCAGUGAAAUGUGGACCUAGCAAGAACAACAUUUUCAGUUCUCCUAUUCGGCAGCAACCAAAUCAUUCUGAUGCCAUGGUUGAUAAAUCUGCAUCAGAGAGAGUUGGUGCAGAUCUUCAGAUGCAUCCUCUGUUAUUUCAGGCUCUUCAAGAUGGUCAGGUGCCUUAUUAUCCACAGAGCAGCAGUACUAGCACAUCCAGUUCCUUCACUUUCUUUUCGGGAAGGCAGCCACAGCUAAGUCUGAGUCUUUUUCAUAAUCCACGCGAUAUAAGAGACGCUGUGAAUUUUCUUAGCAAGUCAUCUAAAACUCCUGAAAGAGAUGCAUCUUCACCUGUCGUUGACUUUCAUCCCCUAUUGCAAAAAACUCAUGAUGUGGAUACAAACUCCAUAGGAAUCCAUCCUGCCUCUGCAAGGGUUCCGUCUACUACAAAGUCAAGGCAAAAACAUGCGGCAACACAAAGUCCUUGUGGGUCCACACGCAAACCAUCUCUCCAAGGUGGUUCAAGUGCGUCAACUGCUAAAAAUGUCAGCCAUGUUGAUAAAAGUAAUGAAAUAGACUUGGACAUUCAUUUAAGUUUCACAACCACAAACCAAGAAGCUGUUGGAAGCAAAAACAUGGCUAUACAGAAUGCAGGGAGAUCAGUAAAUGGUCCUGUGUCUGGACCCAUAGAAUCUGAAAGUGCAAGAGAUUCAAGAAAUAUGAGAAUUUCUGCUCUAGAUGGGAUUGAUGAUGAGCUUGAUUCAAGUGACUUUGCACUAAUUGCAUCCAAGAACAAAGGAAAUAGGAAAGUUUCAGAAGACAUGUGUGAUGAUUCCCUUCAUGAAAUAAUAAUGGAACAGGAAGAGUUGAGUGACUCCGAGGAAGAAAGUGGUGAAAAUGUAGAGUUUGAGCAUGAGGAGAUGGCUGAUUCAGAUGGUGAGAGCACAUCUGACUCCCAACAAUUUAUCAGCAUGCCAAAUGAGGACGUGCAUCAAGAUGAUGUGGAUGCAGAUGUUGAUGAUUGUUGGGCAGCAAAUGCUCAGAGUAAAUGUCGAGGCAAGAUGAGCAGCAAGUCAGGUGGAUUAGAAGUGGCCGAGAAAGUAGCUAAGUUGAGGGCCAAUGCUGAAUCUUUGAACCUGAAUUCGUGUCCCCAAGUUUCUCUUACAACUCUCAAGAAACCCCAGGCAGAGUAUGAAUUCGGGCCAUUUGGCACAACUGGAACAGUUGGCCAGAAGCAACUUUCUGCAAGUUCAAGAAGAUCGAGCAGGAAUUCAAAAGGGGGUCGAAUGCAGAAGCCUCGUGAGGAGCUGCCAGGGCAUCAAAAUCCGGGUUGUGCCAGCGACGCAAUGCCAAGAAACCCCAGAAAACGUGUCUGCAGAUCCAACUCAAAUUCAAGCACGUCCAACCCGAAUAUGGGCAUGGAUGUUCGUUCCAACCCUUAAAGAAAGAGUGGGGCAGGACAGAAGAAUUCGGUAGUUUGAUUGUCGGAUCUAUUAUAACUUGAGAUCAUGUUCAGACAACCUGCUGGUGUGGGCUGACAAACAAUCAUCUUGUAUAAAUUUUCUUGUGCCGUUUUUCGUCAGGGAAAAGAGAGAAAAUUUAACGGAUCCA